GCUUGUGCACUCUGGCACCGGAAGUUCCUGUGAGGGUUACACACGCUUUGAGUACGCAAGCUAGUAUUAGCUUGCUAAAGUUAGCAUAGCUUUUAUCCGGAACAGCCGCCUUUUCUGUGAAGAAAUGAAAACAUUAAACGGAAAAACCGAUGUCAUAUUUGAGGACGACGAUCUACCUUAUGAAGAGGAGAUCAUCAGGAAUCCAUAUUCAGUCAAGUGCUGGAUGCGUUACAUCGAAUUCAAACAGAAUGGACCAAAAUCUACCCUCAAUAUGAUAUAUGAGCGGGCUCUAAAAGAACUCCCUGGCAGCUAUAAGUUGUGGUACAAUUAUCUGAGAGAGAGGCGAAAACAAGUCAAAGGGAAAUGUAUCACAGAACCAGCCUAUGAAGAAGUCAAUAAUUGUCAUGAAAGGGCACUAGUGUUCAUGCACAAGAUGCCUAGAAUAUGGAUGGAUUACUGCCAGUUCCUUGUGUCUCAAUGCAAGAUCACAAGAAGUCGUAGAACAUUUGACCGAGCACUUAGAGCUCUUCCUGUAACUCAGCACCCACGCAUCUGGCCUCUGUAUCUCCGCUUUGUCCGUGACUUGCCAUUGCCUGAAACAGCCAUCCGAGUGUACCGCAGGUACCUUAAGCUUUCUCCAGAAAAUGCAGAAGAAUACAUAGACUACUUGCGGUCUGUUGGCCGCCUCGAUGAAGCAGCUGUGCGGCUAGCAGCUGUUGUCAAUGAUGAAAACUUUGUGUCCAAAGAGGGAAAGUCUAACUAUCAACUGUGGCAUGAACUAUGUGACCUGAUCUCCCAGAAUCCUGACAAGGUGACCUCUCUGAAUGUAGGAGCCAUCAUUCGAGGAGGCCUCACUCGCUUCACAGAUCAACUUGGAAAACUUUGGUGCUCCUUAGCUGACUAUUACAUCAGGAGUGGCCACUUUGAGAAAGCACGUGAUGUCUAUGAAGAGGCCAUCCUUACAGUAGUCACUGUAAGGGAUUUCACACAAGUGUUUGACAGUUAUGCUCAAUUUGAGGAGAGCAUGAUCGCUGCUAAGAUGGAGACUACAGCUGAGAUGGGGCAGGAUGAGGAUGAUGACAUAGACCUGGAGCUAAGACUUGCCCGCUUUGAGCAGCUCAUUGCCCGGCGACCCCUCUUGUUGAACAGUGUACUCUUGAGACAGAACCCCCAUAAUGUUCAUGAGUGGCACAAGCGGGUAAAACUGUAUGACGGAAAUCCACGACAGAUCAUCAACACAUACACGGAGGCAGUCCAGACUAUUGAUCCAAUGAAGGCCACAGGGAAACCUCACUCGCUCUGGGUUUUCUUUGCUAAAUUCUAUGAGGAAAAUGAGCAGCUGGACGAUGCGAGGACAAUCUUUGAGAAGGCUACCAAGGUGAACUACAAACAGGUGGAUGACCUCGCUGCAGUGUGGUGUGAAUAUGGAGAGAUGGAACUUCGUCAUGAGAAUUACGAACAGGCACUACGAAUUCUGAGGAAAGCAACAGCUAUCCCAUCCAAGAAAGCAGAGUACUUUGAUGCUUCUGAGCCUGUCCAAAACAGAGUCUACAAGUCCUUGAAGGUCUGGUCAAUGCUGGCAGACUUGGAGGAAAGUCUUGGCACUUUCCAGUCUACUAAAGCAGUUUAUGACCGGAUUAUUGAUCUCCGGAUUGCCACUCCACAGAUCAUCAUCAAUUACGCCAUGUUCCUUGAAGAGCACAACUACUUUGAGGAAAGCUUUAAAGCAUAUGAACGUGGUAUCGCUCUUUUCAAGUGGCCAAAUGUUUACGACAUCUGGAACACUUACCUCACCAAGUUUAUUGAUCGAUAUGGGGGCAAGAAGUUGGAAAGAGCCAGAGAUUUAUUUGAACAGGCAUUGGAUGGCUGCCCAGCCAAAUUUGCUAAGACUAUUUAUCUACUGUAUGCCAAGUUGGAGGAGGAGUAUGGAUUGGCACGACACGCUAUGGCUGUAUAUGAAAGAGCAACACAGGCAGUAGAAACUGAGGAGAGACAUCUCAUGUUUAACAUCUACAUCAAGAGAGCAGCUGAAAUUUAUGGAGUUACGUAUACCAGAGCAAUCUACCAGAAGGCUAUUGAGGUCCUUCCUGAUGAGCAUGCAAGAGACAUGUGUCUACGGUUUGCUGACAUGGAGAGUAAACUUGGUGAGAUUGAUCGUGCUAGAGCAAUCUACUCCUACUGCUCCCAGAUCUGUGACCCAAGGGUGACGGCUAAUUUCUGGCAAACCUGGAAAGAUUUUGAGAUCCGCCAUGGAAAUGAGGACACGAUUAGAGAGAUGUUGAGGAUCAAACGAAGUGUCCAGGCUACAUACAACACACAGGUCAACUUUAUGUCCUCUCAGAUGCUGAAGGCCACAACAAGCUCCACAGGCACUGUGUCAGAUCUUGCUCCAGGCCAGAUGGGAAUUGAUGAUAUGAAGAUGUUGGAACAGAAAGCACAACAGCUUGCUGCAGAGGCUGAACAGGACAAGCCUAAACCCAAAGAGAAGAUUCUCUUUGUCAGGAGUGACACUUCUCGCAGUGAGCUGGCAGAACUUGCCAAACAAGCCAAUCCUGAUGAAAUAGACAUCGAUGAUGAUGAGGAUGAAGAAGAUGAAGACCAAGGACCGGAUGAGGUGCAGCUUGAACAGAAGAGCGUCCCUACAGCUGUUUUUGGAGGCCUUAAAGAUGACUAGACAAUAAUUCUCUCAGACUUGGAAAUUUGAGUUCUACAUUCUCUUGUGAUCAUUCGACAGAACUAUUCAUAAAUGUGUAGUUUUAUUCAGCAUUCAUUCAGCAUUUAAUAGAGUUCGACACGUGGGGGGGGAAACAGAAUGGCAGCACUGGUGUUUCUGUUUAUUUUCCUUGUGGAUUUGUGUAGUUUAUAAUAUAAGAUAUAUUAGUUUUGACCACUUGGUGUCAGUAUUUCUCAAACUUGGGGCUCAAGAUAACCUUUUAGUUGUAUGUAUUAUGAAUUAUUAUUUGCGGUAACACAAUGACUGUAAUUGAAACCUGAUAUAGUUUGUCUGUUCUUUUUGGUUGUUUUAUAAAAUGUAAGAAAGAAACAAUGAAAACAUUUUUUUAAAUCCAAUAAAUGCAAGGAUCUUUCUCUAACAGGAAGUUCUACCCUAGAAAAACA